CCCGCCAGUCUUUGUUUUCAUCUCCCCGAAUUUCGCCCUAAAAACUGCCCAAAAUACCCAUCAAAAUGGCUGAUAUGGAUAACAAUCUUGGUGCUGAAUCCACAGAUGAGGCAGAAAGCCCCUGCUCGGUAAUCCAUCUUGGGGGUAACCACUCUGACCUCUCUGAUACUGACCGGCAUGGCGAUGUCGAAGACAGUUUUUCAGAUUCAUUCGACCAUUCUCAAAGUGUGGAUUUGGAAGUUGGCGAUCUAGAUACUGACCCUGAGGGUGGGGGUGUGCGAGGUCAGGGUGAUGAUAACAGCAUGACAACUCAGAGUGGUACUGAGCUGAGUGAAGUGGACGAAGAUGACGAAGACAGCUUAGAUUCCAGUUCAGAUUCGGAGGGACGGAGAUUGCGAAAUGCUCAAGACAGCGACUCAAGUUCGAGUUCUGAUGGAACACAAAUAUGGGUGCCCAGCAAACCAAAGGAGCGAAAGGACCAAACAAACUUGAACCAAAAAUCCAACCACCAAUCGAGCAGUAGCCACAGCCUGCCACCAAAUGGUAACAUCCCAUCACGGAAUCCCGCACGGAAUAGCAUCGUCAGCCAUAACAGUGCCACGGGGAAGAUUGAGACCACCGUGACUGAGAUUGAUAACUAUGGCGUCAAUGGAGAUUCAGGUAUCAACACAGACAGCCCACCGCUCAGCCGCAGUUCAAAGCCACCUUCGUUCUUGAACUUGGACAACAUCCGAGGACAAACACCACCAGCAACACCUUGUUCUAUUUUGAAAAACGCAGAUGAGAAGUCACCAAGGGGGAUCAGUUUUAGCGACAGCCUGUUCAAUGUGUUGAGUAGUCUCUACGCUGUUGGCCUUGUCGUCCUAGGGAUGGUCCUUCCUAUUGCUGAAAUAUUUGCUGAACCAGUUCCGCAUAAUCUGUUUGAGGGCUUCUACAUCUUCCUGUAUAGUGGCGCCAUCCUCUUCCUCAUCUACGUCUACGUCUAUCUCCUACAAAACAAGACAGCGCGCUCGUACAGGAAGCGCAAACACAAGAGAGCGACCGAGAAUGACCGGUUGACGGGCGGCUAUGAUCGCCCGGUCAAUCGGAAAGUUGGGAUGGUGGUUGGGAAUCACCAUACGGGGAGUUUCUAUCUGAGGCUUGGGGUUGUGGCUUUUGGUGUUGGCAGUAUGAUCCACAAUGGAUUGGAAUUCAGUGAGACCUUUGAGACAGAGAUGUGGUCACCGUGUAACAACAUCCUGUCCGCCGUACGUCCGAUGCUCCAUCUUGGCUUUACAUUCAUACAACUCUACUUCAUAUUUCUCAAUUCAAAAAUGUGCAUUCACAAAUACAAGACCAUCGCUAAAUUCGGCCUGAUGCACAUGAUCGGGACGAACCUGUGCGUCUGGUUACGUGUAACGGUGAAGGAAACACUGCGAGAGAUCAUCGCCAAGACUGGCGGCAUUCAGUAUAUAUUCAGAUCAUCGUUCAACAUCAGCAAGUCUCAAACACAGACACAGACGUCGAGUACAACAACCACGAUGAAUGAUGGCGGGGUCACGCCUAAUGGAACUGACUCGUUUGUUUGUAAACAUAAAGAUAUGAUGGGUAAAACAGUGGAGUAUGCGAGCCCCUACCUCUAUCCCAUGACAAUAAUGUACAGCGUUAUCGCAACAGGUAUUUUGUACAUAAUGUGGCGUAACAUUGGUAACCCUCUCACAAAGGACGUCGCCUAUGAUGAAGAAACAUUACGCCAGAAAAAGAAGUACCAAGUACGCGUUGACUGUCAUGGGUCAAACCGAGGACUCUUCUGCGGGAUACUCAUUCUCGUUGGUGCUAUCGUGACGAUGAUCGUUUUCCACGUUCUGGUGCAGAAAAAAGAAUUUGUUGACUCAGCAGUUAUUGUCGUGUACACUACGGAAAUAACGCUCUACGUGCUCACGAGUUUAGCAACCAUUUUUGCAUUCAUCAAGAUGAGGAAUAUGAAGUUCUUAGGGGACCGCGAUAAUACGCUCGACGAAACAUUACUACUGAUCUCGACCAGUGGUGUUUAUGUUUACGGUUUGUCCAGCUUACUGGCCGGCCGGUAUCAUUCUAACGUUUCAGGCGGGACACUACUCAUCAUCUCUGGUGCUGUCGUCCUCAUCGAGGCGACACUUCAGACUCUCUUCAUCUGUAACGGUCUCCGGCGAGCGUCGUUCAGAAAUACUCAGGAACAUCACAAACCUGGCCGCGAGUUUGUAACGUUUUUACUCAUCUGUAACAUAGCGAUGUGGGGCACAAACACUUUUGAGAAACUUCGAUUGGACUAUAACCCGGUCCAAGCUCAAUUUUAUGGACUGCUCCCAUGGAGCAUUGCCAGCCAUAUUUGUAUCCCUUUGAAUAUCUUGUAUCGGUUUCAUUCAACGAUUUGCUUAGCGAAUGUCUGGAAGGCUGCGUAUAAAAUCAAAACUCAGUGAGUGAUGGCGGUGCUGUUUGUGAUACAAAUUGGUCGCAUAUUUCAACAAUUAAUUAUUGUUCACUUUACAACAAACAAACAACCACUGCCAGUUUGUACCUAAUCCAUCACAUUGAUCCGAGACAUUUUUGUGGCUUUAGCUUUCUCUUUGUCAUUUUGCAUAAUACUAGAGAGUAGGUAAUAUCUGUAAAUAGUAUUACAUCAACUUGUUUCGGGCCUGUGCAAUGUACAUUGAUGUUUUUUGUGGGCUAAGGUCAGAAUUGAAGUGGACCAAACUUUAUUGAAGGGGACUAUAGAAACUAGGGGGGUCCGAUCUUAAUCUCUUGCCUAUCAGCUGUUAACAUGAGUCACCCUAAACUUCAUUAUGUUCUUGUCUUUAAAAGUAAUCACCAAACAAGUGGUGUACUUAGUCAUUGAAAAUAACACACUAAGUUCAAAGACUUUUUUAAUGAUCUCAUAGAAUGAAUUUAGAGUGAGCUUUCUACAUUUUAGAAGAUGAUAAUAUUUAUUACUAAUAUACUCAGAUCACUUAUUGAACUAUAGAAUGAUUUAAAACAUUUUAUUGAUAUUUAUUGAAUAAAGAUUUAACCCUCUAUUGGCUCAGGGGUUCUCGAGUACUUGAGAUUUUGAUUAAAUUUAAAACUCAUUUGAUGAGAUGAUUUUUACAUGUUUGAACAAAAAUAUGCCUAUUAUAUGGCCCAAGAGGUUAAAAAAUCACUUGGUAUUUGACAAAUACUUAAUUUGACAUAAAGAUAUUCUUUAGCUAGCAUUAGAGGCCAGUAGACUAGCAUUAAACUUUUGACAUUCAAUUGAAAAAUGAUUUUACCCUUAAAAACUUCAAGUCAAGGAGUUGUGCUUUGUGUUUUGUUUAUUAUCCUGGAAAGAGAAGUGUCUUUUAGUUUAUUACUGAGCAUUUUAUAGUUAUUAACCUCCCUUGGGCUCUGUGGAUUUGAUAAAAGUCUUCAAGCACUGGUACUUUUAUUCUACUAACAAACUUUUGUGGAAUUCCUUUUGGAUUCGAACAGGUAACUUUCAAUCAAAUGAUCACAUGUCAAUAUGUGGACACAGGACCUCCUGUGGGACAUGUCGACCCAGUAGCAGACGGUUGGUGGAGUAAACAAUCAGUAGUUUGGGAUAAAUUGAAUAGGAGGAGUUAUUGUUUUGUCCACACAAUGUCCUGUAUUAAUCAUGUAUUGCAUUUACAUUGUUUAUUUUAGAGUAUUUUGUGUGUGUUUUUUGUUGGUUUUUAAACCACUUGUUUCAUUGUACACCAUGUAUAUUACAAUGAGAAAACACUGGUAUAUUGUUGGAAACAUGUUGUAGUGAUUUCCUCCCCGAGACGGAGCACCUCAGAAGCAGCUUUGAUUAGAUUCUGUGCAGUGGUAACAACUGGGUUGAUGGCCAUGGUUUUAUUCAUUGCUCCAACCAGGACCAGUUAGAGACUAAAUCCAAGUCUCCUCAGAGCAUAAGACGACGACGGAACACUAUGACAAGCAGCCACACAGGAACGGUCACAAUGAGUGUAUGGCAAGAUUGAUGUGAUUGGAAAGAAUAGAACUCAACUAAGUGUUUAUAAAACCAAUACUUAUGAUUUAUUUUCUCUAUU